GAACUCAUCGUCCCCUCCCACUCCCUCCCCCAAAUCAAACGCUCGCUCCCACGCGAAUUCUCGAAGAAUCCGAUCAAUGGAUGAUCCAGAGGUCGAGUUCGAUCUAAUUAAUUGCUGGUUUUCUCCAAUUUGCUCUUAAUUCCUUCUUCUUCUUCUUCUUCUUCGAUCUGAAUCCAUGGAUUUCAAAUCCAUGAGUAGGAAAGAGCUCCAAGCGCUAUGCAAGGAGCAUCGCCUCCCCGCGAACACCACCAAUUCGAUCAUGGCCGAGAGCCUCGCCUCGCUUCUCCAGGGUAGUGAUAAGAUUAAGCGGAAGGGUUGCUUGAAGGGCUCCGGCGGAAGCAGCGGCGAUGAUGGCGGAGGAGGGAGGCGGCCUGCGAAGAAGGUCACCUUCACUUUACAAGAGGAGGUGCUUCGAUUUGGGGAAUCUAAAGCAAUACGAUCUCCCGAGAAGAGGAGAUCUAGUCGUAGAAGAUCUGUAAUUGGUUCUGAACUAAUCGAUUUAAGUAAUGGAGCGGAGGAGAUGAGGAGUACAAGGUCGCGUUCCGCAACAGGUUCAGUUUCAUCCUCUGCUGUGGCCGAGGUUGAGCGCGAUCGUGUUUCGGUUGGAGAUUCACAUUUAGGAAGAACCCAAGUGAGGAGAAGGGGUAAUUCAAAGGAUGAAGGUGAGAAAUUGGAGAAAAAUGAGAAAACUAGGAGAGGUGAAACCCGUAAACGGAGCAGAGGUGUGGAUUACAGUGGAGAAAUGUGUGGUCAUGUAGGAAAUUCUAAUCUUCGUGGAGAAGAGCCUCCUCUCCGGCGAUCGAGGCGUAACCUUUUAAAAUCUGAGAAUUCUUUAGUAGCAAAUGGGAGCAUAAGAUCUGGCGAAGGGAUUGAAUCUACGGACAAACUGGGGCAAAAUGCUUCAGAAAUUAGCAAUGGCGAAGACAAGAACUACUCAUCUGUGCACCAGGAAGAUGAGAGUUUAGCAGUUGGAAGGAGAAAGUUGCAAAGAAAACAGAAGAAAACUGAUACUGAAGCUGAAAGGGACACUGAAACUUGGCCCUCAAAACAUGAAGCUCCUAUGAGAAGAUCAACACGGAAAGUUAUAGUGUCUAAUGUGCUUGAGAAGGGUAAUACUUCAUUAGCAGGCGGGAAAAGAGAAUCAAAGAGAUCAGGAGCUAGAUGUGCCUCGAAAAGAAUUGCUACUACAAGUUCUGAAGAUGAAAUUCCAUUGUCUGAUGUAGAAACUGAAGAGGAGACAAAAACAGUCGUGGAGACAAAUGAAGGUCCGAGACGUUCAAGGCGCAAUGCUUCAAAGCAUACUGUAACUGGAGUUGAGAUUACUCUUCCUGUCACCGAGAAAGGAAUAAAUGGUGGUAUUAUUAAUGGUCGCAAAAACUUAAAGAAGCGUCAUCCAUCUGAAGUAGAUGUCUCUACAGUUGUAACUGAGAAUUUGAUAGCUAAAACGGCGAAUAAAGUGAACACAUUGCAGAAGCAGCAGAGCGAUGAAGUUGUAGAGGAGCCAUUUGUAGAAGCUCGUGUUGCUAGUUGUGAAACUUUUGGAGAAGCUGAAGCUUUAGAAGGUCAUAGACUAAAUGAGGAGCCGAAAAGGCGUUCAAGGCGCAAUAUUUCAAAAUAUAAGUUAUGUGCCCCUGCUGAUGAGAUUACUGAGAAGAAGAGAGAGGUAAAAAGAACAAAAGCAGCUCUUUUGGUACAAGCCAUUCCUGUCCUGGAGAGUGAAGCUGAUGAGGUAGUUGACAAGGCAACACCGCAAGAUGAUCUUAGUCUCAAUCAAGAUAAUGACAAUUCCUGCCAAGAGAGCAUCAGGAAUGCUGUUACUAAUGAUGCAUCAGAUCAUAAAUUAUUGGAAGAGACUCCUAAAAUGUUGGACAUGAAUGAUGAGGAGGGCUUGGUCAUAGUAAUUAGUGGUAAGAAACAAUCAAGUCAGAAUCCAAAUAAAGAAGCUGAAAAUUGUAAAUACGGGGAUACUGUUUUCUUAGAAGAGAGCAAUACAGCUGAAAAGUUGGAUGGAUCAAUUAAUAAGCAGGAUAACUCUGAGGAAAUGGAAUACGAUGAUGGAGAAAUUUCUAUCCCCAGGUGUCUUGAUACAUCUUAUGAAAUAAUUGAGACUACUGUAGAUGACAAUGUAUGUUUAAAUCCUGAGUCUGUUCUGGAUCAUGAUGGUGUAACAGAAGUUGAUUCAGAAACUCUUUCUCAUGUUGAUAUGAAGGAUUCUGCUUCAUCAGCUGAUAGAAAGAAACUUGAAGAGCAGAUCAAUAAUCAAUCAGCUGUGCAGUUUGUUGAUGCAGAAUCUGGUGGAUCGAUCUUUAUAGUGGGCGGUAGCUGUAACUCUGAAGUUGCCAUUAAUUCCCAAUGUACUGUUAUAGGGCAUUCUGAAGGAUUCUCAUCACAAACUGCCCCUGAGACAUGUCCAUUGGUUGAUUGGAAAACAACUGCUACAAGUUUAAGUCAUGAUGCUGUUGAAGCGGCUAACGGUUGCUCACCAACUGAUACUGCUAAUGAUCAAGAUGAAUGUCUUCAACCUUCAAAUGUCGCCAUUAUCAGUGAAUUGGGUGACUAUUCAGAAAAGCUUAAGCGAGUCAGGCCUCAAACAGGGCCUUGUAAUGUUACUCCAAAGACCAUUCUAUCUGUUGAAAGGACACGUAAAAUAUGUAAUCGUAUGAAGGACUCCGGUCAAACUCAAAUUAUUGGAGAGGUUGGUGGCUCUAAUGCAAGAGCUGCAAAAGAUGAUGUCAGUACUUAUAAUGGAGAUGACAUGUUUGUUACAUCUAAAACUAAGGUGGAUUCAAUAAAUCUUGAAGAGGCUGAAGUCCGCAUGAAUGAAGAUCACACAAAGCUGGUGGGAAAUGAGAUAGCUUGCAAGCCCCACAUACAAGAUGACGAUGAUGGGAAAUAUGUCAACAUUGAUGAGAUUUCUUUGGAUUCGAGGUCACCAGAAUUCGUUAAUAAAGAUAAUUGGGUUGCACCAGGUGCACAAUUACAGGCAUUGGAGACCAUAUAUAAGAUGGAAACUGAAGUCUCUUUGGUCAUGGCCAAGUGUUCUCCUACCGCAAGUCAAGAGAACUGUGAUGAGAUUGAAAGUUCCGAGUUUCAAGGUGCAAUCAAUCAUGACAAAAGAAAUGACAGAAAUGUGGUUUCAAUGUUGGAAGAAAAGAUGAAGCCUGUGCCAUUUUCAUCAGAAAUGAAUGUUCAAAAUGAAUUCGAAGAGAAGAAGGCUAUGGUGAAAAUUACCAAUGAGAUUGUUGGGAAGACAGAUUGUCAUGAAUCAGACAAACUUCCUGAAGUGAGCGAUUUAUUGGAAAUUUCUACUUCCAAAGUUGAUGAAUUAGAGUGUCGUGCUGCAGAUGAUCUUUUUUCUGUCAAAAAUAGGGUAACUGCAUCUAGUAAUAAGCGUAAGAGACAGGAGGUAGGAGCGGACUUGGGUUAUACAACUUCAGUGGAUCUUAGAACUUCAGAUAAUAUGCCGGAAUGUGAUUUAACUUCUAUUGCAUUAGAAGCUAAUGGAGGAGUUUCUAUAGAAAAGUCUAAGGAGGCUGUACAUAAAACUGCUCCCAGUUCUGCUAAUACUGAGAUGACAACAGCUGAUGAAGUCACAGUUACAUUGGAACUCAGUAGCAAAAAAUUCCUUCCUGAAAAUGGAGAAGCAUUAGGUUUUUUAAAUGAACGGCCCAACUUGAGCUCUAUGGGUGCUGAAUUUGCUGGUGAAAGAGAUGCAUCAGUGGAAGAGAGAAGCAUUGUCAACAGCAUGGAAGCUGAAUUAUUACCUGAAAAUAUUGAAGCUAGCGAACAAUCUUCUUUUGAAAUUUCUUUGAUCGAAACUAAAAGCUUUAGUGGUUUUAUCCAGCAAAGUUGCAGCCUAGCUUCUUGUGAAUUGACAGAACAUUCAGCAGGAAUCUCAGCUGAUAACCUUCGAGCAAAGUUUGAGGCUGCAGAGACGCAGAAGAAACUGGAUAAAACAAUAGAGAAACUGUUUCUGGUGUUGUCUACCCUAAAAGAUGGUAAUUCAGUAGCUGGAGAAACUAUUUGCACUAACGGAUUUCCACUUGCUAGAGACACUGAAGAAGCUGAACGAAUCCAAAGCAGCCAACUUCCGGGGUCACCGGACUGUCUUAAAAUUCAGGACAUGUUUGAUGAACCUGAUAGUCGAUCCUACUUGUUUGAGAGAGGCAACAUAGAAGAAACAUCUGGCACUGAGCAAGCAAGGAACACACCAAAUGAUAUAAUGCAAACAUUUGAGCAGGACUUUGUAGAUUAUGAAGAGAAUGCUGAAAGUUGCAGCAUCUCUAAGAAUGUUACAGAGCAAAAUGGUACAGGGACAAUUUCAGAAGAACAAUAUGAGAAUGAUAUAGUAGAUAAUCAUGUUACACCUGGAGCACUAUUACACACUGAAGAGGGCAAACAAUCUCCCUUAUCUGGUUCUACUAAUCUCAUGUCUCUAAGUUCAAGUCACUUCCAAGUUAUUGAUAAACCUGAAUCACCUGGAAAUAAUAAUGGUGGAACAGCCGUUGAAUAUUCAUCUACUGCAAGGCAUUCAUUAAUUGGGUUCAAGGACUUUUCCGCUGAAAUUCCAGAAAAUUCUUUGGUAGAUCAUGGCUUUGCCCUCGAAAGUAUUAACUGGGAGAGUGGGAAGAAAGACUAUCAUGUAAACAGUGGAUGUGAAAAGUCUAUUGCAUCCCAACCAACAGCAGAUUUGAGGCAUACUGAUGAGCCAGAUGUUGGCAAUAAUGAGGUGAGCGAAGAUCGCAUGAAGCUAGUGGAAAAGAAUGCAGGUUGCAAGAACCACGACCAGUGUAGUGACAAUGAUGGGAAACAUGGCGAGAUCGAUGAGGUUUCAUUUGAUUCAAUGUCACAAGAAUUCAUAAGCGAAACAAAUUGGGUUGCUCCAGGUGCUCAUUUACCUUCUUUGGAGGCCCUAUUUUGUGUCGAAAGGGAAGUUCCUGCUAUCAUGACUGACUGUUCUCAGACAACAACUCAAGAGCACAGCGUUGACAAUGAUAGUUGUGAGUUUACAGGUGAAACUGCUAACAAGAGUGAAAGAAGUCACAAAACUGUAGCACCAAUGGAGUCUGAAAAGAUGACCACUGUUCCAUUCUUAUUAGACACCACUGUUGAAAAUGAAGUCGAAGUACAAAAGAAUCUUGCGGAUCUCGCCAGCGAUUGCCUUGAGAUGAUAUAUGUUGCAGAUGAUCCGCCUGCCAGAAUAGGGCUAGAUCUAUCUGCUAAUGGGGACAAGAGUCAGGAAGAAGGAACAAAUCUGGGUUAUGGAAAUUCAGUGGAUCUUAAGACUUCAGAUGAAAUGGAGGUAUCAGUUACAAAGAAAUUGUGUACCGAAGUAGUAGAGCCAUUUGACGCAGUGAGUUGUUAUAAGGAAAAUACUAAUCAAGAUUUCGUAGAAAAACCUGAGGAGGCUAUAGAUAAACCCACUCCCCAGUCAGCUAAAACUGAGAUGAUUAUAACCGAAGAAAUAACAGUUGGUAAGGAACUUGACAGCGAAGAACAGUUGCAACCGCAAAGUUCUGAUAUUGUUGAUCAAAGUGUUGGAACAGUUGGAGAUCAAUGCAUUUUAAACAACAGCGAAGCUGAAAAUGUUGAGGCUACUGAAUCAUCUCAUGGGACUUCUUUUGUUGAAAAUAGAAGCAUCAGCAAUUUGAUUCAGCAGGAUUGUGGUUCAGAUUCUCGUCAAGUGAUGGAAGUUUCAAAUAGUAUAUCAGUUGAUAACCAUGCAUCAAACCUUGAGGAAACAGAUUCAUCACAAUGUCAAGAUAGAGUGGAGGAAAUAUGCCACCAGUUGCCGAGUGUAAGCAUACUUAAUGCAAAGAAAUUCGGUAAUACAAGUUGCAAUAGUGCAAUUACCGCAGACAAAAACAAGGAGAAUACCCCAGCUAUCAAAAUAAAUCAUUCAAACAAGCGCAACGUGGAUAAAUCAACAACAAAGAGUUUGUUGAGACGGCCACUACAGAUUAUUCAUAGCAGUAAGGCAGAACUGUUAUGAUAUGCUUUAUUUGUUGUGAUUUCAGUUUGUGUAGGAUUCUUUCAACUUUUAGUUGAAGGGUUAAGAUUAGGGAUGUAUUUGUCUGAGGUACAUUUGUGAGUGAUGUUGUGUUCUAGUUGGUUAUCAGCUUUUUAAAUAACCACUAAUUCUUGUGUGUCCAGUUGCUGCUUGAGUGUGAAAUGAAGAGAGCUAUUGAUACUUUGUAUAAGUAUGAUGCUGCUGUGAUGGUUUGGCUUGUAGAGAUUAUACAGUUACAGAAUAUUAUUCUUCUUUUU